AUGUUAACACUACUUCUACUAAUUGUCCUAACGUCCCUGUAUAUUUUCGCAAAACGCCAUUAUAGCAAAUGGGAACGUUUGGGCUUUGAGUCGGAUAAGGCCGCCAUACCGUUGGGCUCAAUGGCAAAGGUGUUCCACAAGGAACGUUCAUUCGGUUUAGUUUUAUCCGAUAUCUAUUACAAAUGCCAUGAGAAGGUAGUGGGUAUUUAUUUAUUCUUCCGUCCCGCGCUCUUGAUUCGUGAUGCCGAAUUGGCGAGACAAAUUUUAACCUCAGAUUUUAAUAGCUUUCAUGAUCGUGGUUUUUAUGUGGACGAGAAACACGAUCCAAUGUCCGCAAAUUUAUUCACCAUGGAGGGUCAGUCAUGGCGUUCGUUAAGAAUGAAAUUGACACCCUCUUUUUCGUCGGGUAAAUUGAAGGGUAUGUUUGAUACGGUCGAUGAUGUGGCAGAUAAAUUAAUAAGCCAUCUAGCAGAAAAGUUGGAGGAUGGUAAAUCGCAUACCUUGGAAAUUAAGAGUAUUUUAACAACAUAUGCCAUUGACAUCAUUGGUUCGGUUAUAUUUGGCCUGGAAAUCGAUAGCUUUAGCCAGCCGAACAAUGAAUUCCGUGUGCUAAGUGAUCGUUUGUUUAAUAAUCCCAAACCAAGUAUGCUGGAGGGAUUGAGGAACUUAACGAAUUUUAUGUGUCCACCAAUUGCCAAAAUAUUAUCGCGGCUUGGUGCCAAGGAUCCCGUCACCUAUCGCCUGCGUGACAUUGUCAAACGCACCAUAGAAUUUCGUGAAGAAAAGGGUGUGGUUCGCAAAGAUCUGCUACAAUUAUUUAUUCAGUUACGAAAUACAGGGAAAAUUUCCGAUGACAGUGAUAAGGUAUGGAAAAAAAUCGAAUCGACUGCGGAAAAUCUAAAAGCCAUGUCCAUAGAUAUGAUUGCUUCCAAUGCAUUCCUAUUCUAUGUAGCUGGAUCGGAGACAACAUCAGCCACCAUUUCGUUUACCAUCUACGAAUUGGCCAUGUAUCCGGAAAUAUUGAAAAAGGCACAAAACGAAGUUGAUGAAGUUUUGCGAAAACACAAUCUCAAGCCGGAGGGACGUUUGACCUAUGAGGCUAUACAGGAUUUGAAAUAUUUGGAUUUGUGUGUGAUGGAAACCACCCGCAAAUAUCCUGGCCUACCAUUUCUGAAUCGCCAUUGUACCCAGACUUUUAAAAUACCCGAUUCAAAAUUAACCAUUGAAAAUGGUACAAGUAUAAUAAUACCCAUAUUUGGUAUACACCGGGAUGCGAAAUAUUUCCCCAAUCCCACGGACUAUAGGCCGGAACGUUUUGCUGAGGAUAGCAAAGAUUAUAAUCCGGUGGCCUAUAUGCCAUUUGGUGAGGGACCACGUCAUUGUAUUGCUCAGCGUAUGGGUGUGAUGAAUUCAAAGAUUGCCUUGGCCAAAAUCUUAGCCAAUUUCUAUAUUCAGCCAAUGCCACGUAAAGAAGUGGAGUUUAAAUUCCAUACUGCUCCGGUCUUGGUGCCGGUGAAUGGUCUCAAUGUGGGCCUCUCGAAGAGGUGGUAA